CCUCCCUUAUUGUCAUGAUUGCUGCAUAAUACUGCACACCAUCUCUCUGCCUCCCUUCUUUCUAUUUAAUCCCUCACGCCCCGUCUCAGAAGCCCGUUCCUGUACCCUCUCUUUCUCUCACUUUUGGGCCCCAAACAGCCGUGGCAGAGUCGGAGGUUUGGGAAUAUGGUGGUUGAGAAAGAAGACCUGGCUUUGAGUCUCGCCUUAAAUUUUCCGGUGAAUCGGAGUUCGCUACAUCCGGAUCUCUUGCCGAUUUCUGCCCCUUCUUCUCCGACUCCUCCCGCUCAUUUCAAUCCUCACAAAUCCUCAUGGAUCGAGCAAUUCGCCCCCCUAGAUCGGAACUCGGAAGCAUGCAGAGCGGAGAGCAGAUCAUUCCAUAGGGGAAUCGACGUAAACCGGCCACCGUCGACGGCGAAUCAAUGCGAGGUGGACGAUGGCGGAGUCUCGUCUCCGAUCAGCACGAUCUCGAGCAUGAGCGGUAAGAGAAGCGAGAGGGAGGCGAACGGAGACGAACACGAGAUGGAGAGAGCUUCAAGUUCUCGCGGAGUCAUCAGCGACGAAGAAGACGGCGACACCUCCAGGAAGAAGCUCCGCCUCUCCAAGGAGCAGUCUACCAUUCUCGAAGAAACCUUCAAAGAACACAACACUCUCAACCCUAAGCAAAAGCUGGCUUUGGCUAAACGUCUUGGGCUCAGACCUCGUCAGGUGGAGGUGUGGUUUCAGAACAGAAGGGCAAGGACUAAGUUGAAGCAAACGGAGGUGGACUGCGAGUUCCUGAAGAGGUGUUGCGAGAACUUGACGGAGGAGAACCGGAGGCUACAGAAGGAAGUGCAGGAGCUGAGGGUUUUGAAGCUGUCGCCCCAGUUUUACAUGGCGCCGCCCACCACUCUCACCAUGUGCCCUUCCUGCCAACGGGUGGCGCCACCGCCACCCUCCGCCCCGGUUGCACCCUUCAUCCCCAUCAACUCUUGGCCUAUCCCACUCCGCGCAUUCGGUGACAUCCAACAUUGAUUCGAUCCCAUGGGCGUAAUUCUUAUCUCCUUGUCCAAUGCGUCGCUUUCCCUCUUGUCUACAUAUGUCUGAUCAGUAUAAAAUAUAUUUUUUUGAGUAUUCAUUUAUAUAUAUAUAUAUAUAUUAAAGGGUUAAUUUCAUCAAAUGAUGAAAACAGUAUCUCUUAGGAAAAAAAAAAAAAAAAAGAAAC